AUGCUCCCUUCUUGUACCACCAUCCCACUCCGUCCUGUCUCCUCUUCUUCCUGCACCCCCCUUUUCCCACCGCCCUCCUCCAUGCAGGCCCUCACUCCCCUCAACCCCUUCUACCCUUCCCUCUCGUCCUUCCACGCAUCUUCCAUAUGGUUGGAUGUGAUCAACACCACGGUCAUGCCUGCCUUUCAACCCUGGCACUACUCCCUUUCCGCCCUGCCUGCCCCCUCGCCUGGCGUGUCUCCACCACCUUCACCAGCACCACCGGUACCAGCGCCGGCGUCGCUGGGGGCUGUGCUCAGCAGCGCGCUGACUGCACUGCAAGGCACCCACAUCGAUGUGUGCGUGGGGGGAGGGGGGGGACAGCAGGGGGGAGAAGGGGCAGGAGUAGCUGGAAAGGGAGAGCGAAGCAAGUGGGAAUGGCAGGCGAGUGUGGGAGAUGCCUGCGCCCUGCCCAUGCUGCUCUUCUCUCCUUCCGCCCUCACCCCUCCCCUCCUUGCCCUGUUCACUGUGCCUGCCUCCUCCUCGCAUGCGUGCAGCUUUGGCCGUGCCGUUGUUCUCCGAGUGCUUCUCAACCUGCUUGCUGACCUCCACCAGCCACUGCACUGUGCCGACAGGCAGCACGUGGGGGGGGGCGAGGCAGCAGGCGGGGGCGUGGAGGGCGGAGAGGGGGUGGGGCCCGUGGGGGGCGGGGGGUGGGCGCGGCAGGUGGCGGUGGAGCAGUACGUGGUGGAUGAGGCGGACACACUCUUUCACUUCUGGUCCGCCUUCUCGCCCCCCCCCUGCCUCCUCCUCCCUUCCAUGCCUUCCCCGGUGCUCAAAGAUAGUCUUUACACACACACACACACCCUGCCAUCCGUCUAUCUCGCAUGCUCUUUCUCUCGUCCCCCCGCUCCUCAUCCCCCCACCCCCCACCUCCACUCCAUGCUCUCCCCGCCCGGCGAACUAACCCCCCGUGUGAACGGCAGGGAGGCAGCAGGGGGGGCGUUUGAGGAGGUGGCGGGGGCGGUGAGGGGCGACCGUGCACGACCAGCAGCAGCAUUUCACGUGGAUGAGAGGGACGUGCGCGCUGCUGCCCUCGCCCUCGCUGCUCAGUUCCCGCUCUCCGACUUCACUCCACGCGAGGUGCAGGAGGUGGAUCUGGCAGCGUGGGCGGCAGGCAGCGGCAGCAUCACGGCAUCUGUAGUGUACUCUGGUCCCCUGCAGACCGCUGCUGCAGCAGCAGCAGCAUCAGCAUCGGUGCCUGGGACGGCUAGCCCCGUGCUGCUCACUCACGACUACAACAUCCAUGUUCAGGAGGUGGCCAAGUCGCAGUUGGCGCUAGCAGCAUACCGCCUGGCAGCGCUGCUCAACGCCUCCUUCCCACAGCCGCUCUCCCAGGGCCCUGACACCUACUCCCCCUGCAUAUCGCUGCAAGAUGCGGAGGAGCGGGGGGCGAGGGCAGCGCCUCUACUGGCAACAGCACUGGGCAUGGCGGUGGCAGUGGCGCUGGCACUGGUGGUGAUGCUGUACCGGGAGAGGGAGAGCAUGCAGCGGCAGAUCAGGGACCUACAGCAGCACAUGCACCAGGACCCACACAGCCCCUCUGGGGGCCUGCUGGCCUCCUCCCAGGGCUUGUGA